AAGUGUUGAAAAUAUAGGAAAAAUUAAAAAAUUAUAAUGUUCUCAUAAUAAUUUUUGUGUAUCAUGACAAAAAUAAAUUAAAAAAUAGGAUAAAUUUCGAAUCGCAGAACGAAUGCUCGUAAAAUUUAAGCUGUAAUAUAACCUCUAAACACAUGUACGGUAAAUUAGUGUUGUUUCAUUCUGUAGUUAGAUUUAACAAUUAUACAGUUCGUCAUUAUCAAAAGAAAAAGACUCAAAGGCUGUUGGAAUUUUUAGCCGACAUGCCUAAACCGAAUACGUCAAGAAUUAUGGACGCACAGCGUCAACGGCAGCAGAUUUCCAAAAAGGCACAAAACUAUGUUCCCAGUACAAUAUAUCUACAGGUAGUGGGUUCUGGUGCACGUGGAGUUCCCAAUACAUUAUAUCUGUUUACGGACCAAAAGCGAUAUCUUUUUAACUGUGGUGAAUCAACACAACGGUUAUCUCAUGAGCACAAAGUGAAACUAACAAGAUUAGAUCACAUUUUCAUAACAAAUAAGACUUGGAAGAACAUUGGUGGAUUACCAGGUCUUUCACUAACUCUUCAAGAUGUUGGAGUACCUAAUAUUACUUUACAUGGUCCUGAAGGUUUGGAUGAACUUUACAAAGCCACUAAGAGGUUUGUUAUAAUGAAAGACAUGAAUGUAACAUUAGCUCCCUGCAGCCCCUCUGAAGAUUUUGUUGAUAAUGUUAUGACUGUUAAAUAUGUUUUGUUACGACCAGAGAAUAUACUUAAACCGGGUCUAAAUCCGGCGAAGAAACCUAAACUUAGCUGUGAUACAACAAGUGCAGCGUAUGAGGAAUUCAUACAUGAUGAAACUGACUAUUACCAAUCGGAUAUACGGAAUAUGGAGGAAAAGAAAAACAACAACAUUAAACAAAAAAAUAAAUCACCAGAAAAAGAAUUAACCUUUUCAGAAACUGUACGGAAAAAGGCUGAAAGGGCGCUACACGAACUCGAAGGAAAAUCUCAAUGCACAGUGGCUUAUAUUUGUACUUUAAAGAAAAGACUUGGCACAUUAGACUUAGUGAAAUGCGUAGAAAAAGGAGUAAAGCCGGGACCAUUGUUAGGUCAACUCAAAAAUGGACAUGAUGUCAUACUACCUGAUGGUACUCAUGUUAAAUCUAAAGAUGUUAAAACACCUGAUGACCCUGGACCUGUAUUUAUUGUGUUAGAAGUGCCAGAUAUAUCAUACCUUACAAUGGACGAUUUCUCUUCGCAUUAUGAUAAUGGAGUUAAUCCUGUGGAAAAUAUACCUGCCGUGGUUGUUCAUUUCACACCUCCGCAUGUCUUUCGACAUCCAAUUUACCGAAUGUUCAUAUCAAAGUUUGGUCCAACCACGCACCAUCUGGUACUGAAUGAGGAUAACACGUGCUUGGGAUCGGAAGCUGUACAUCGCACUCAGCACCGGCUGCAUGUGCUGGAUGCAGACGUGUUCCCAUUGCUGCGUGACGCCAGUAUACCCGCCAUGUGGAAGUCUCAGCCCCCCACUGAAGGGACUGUGGGUAAAGCUAACUGUCUCGAGGAACUUAAGAAUAGAAUCGCAUUCGCUCAGUUUCAAAAUAUAAUAAGAAUGGAAGAGACAAACAAGGAUAGUACGUCUGAAUGUCCGGAGACCAAGUACAACUUCAGCACGGGCAGAACUCUCACAAUGUUUCAUUUGAGGCCGAAAAAAUGUCUAGAUAGAUCAAUGGAACCAAAACUUCAUGUCCUAGAUUACAUCAAAGAGACAAUGGAAGUGGAAGGUUUCUCUAAAAGUCUAGAACAGUAUCGGGAGAUUGUAAGCAAGAUGGGAUCUAAAAAAGAAAUGUUCAAAGCUGAAUAUCCCAAGGUCAUAUUCCUCGGCACCGGUUCCUGUAUACCCAGCAAGACGAGGAAUACCAGCGCUAUUGUUAUACAAAUUGAUGAAAACAGAUCGAUGUUGUUGGACUGUGGUGAAGGUACAUUCGGUCAGCUGGUGCGGUUCUUUGGUCCCAAGCGAGUUAACAACUUCCUAAGAACACUCAGAGCUAUAUACAUCUCACAUUUACACGCCGAUCAUCACAUGGGUCUAAUAGGCGUGCUGCAGGCGCGUCGCGAGGCGUUUUCUGAACAGAGCCGGGUGCCGUACGAGCCGGUGCAGCUUCUCGCACCAGGACAGAUCGUAACCUGGCUGCUACUCUACGACCAACAGUUUGAGAGUAUACGUGAAGAUUACGCGUUGAUUACCAAUCAGAGCUUGCUAGAGGCGAAAUCAAACUCCUUAGGUACAGAGAUGACGCCAGCAUCUCUAUCUCGUAUCGGCGUGCAGCACAUCCGCACUUGUCUUGUGGCGCACUGCCCCAACGCAUUUGGCGUCGCAAUCGACGUUGACGGCAAGCAUAAGAUCACCUACUCUGGUGAUACCAUACCCUGCAAGGAACUCGUUACAAUUGGACAAAAUUCGACUCUGCUGAUCCACGAGGCGACAAUGGAGGAUGAGUUAGCGGAGGAGGCGCGCAUCAAGAUGCAUUCGACUACAUCUCAGGCGAUACACAUCGGGAGAGAGAUGAACGCCAAGUACACUGUGCUUACCCACUUCAGUCAGCGGUACGCGCGUCUGCCGCGACUCAGCGCCCACAUACUGCAUGAUAACACCAGCGUUGGUGUCGCAUUUGAUAAUAUGCAGAUAAGGAUGAAGGAUUUAGAGUUACUGCCGUACAUGUACGCGCCGCUGCAGCUAAUGUUCGCGGAGCAUUGCGUCGAGCUCGAAGUGAAAGCGGCGCAUCGUGCGCGCAGACGCGAGCGCGGCACCGGCAGCCCGCCACCUGCCGGUAAACACACACACUACUCACUACCCGGUGACGCGCCGCCCGCGACGGACGUCUCCACUCCCGCCGCUCCGGCAACGACAUCUGACGACAGCGACAAACAACUGGACUCGAUAGACGACGUUACUGUACAAACAAAUGAUCAGUGUAAAAUUGUAGAAACUAAAAUGGAAAGUAGUUAGCCAUUAUCUAUGUUACUGUUUAUGUGCCUUUUACUUGUCUAUAUAAAGUUGUGAUUGUAAUGUGCAGAGUAUAUAAAAUAGCAUUUUUUUUAUAUAUUGUUGCAUUAUAUUCAUGUAUUUUGGAUUGCUAACUCAUUUUAUGUAUUUUGUA